AUGACGAACGGCUACCUGUUCCGUGAGUACAUCGGCGCGCAGUCCACCGGCGUGCAGUUCACCGACGUGCCCAUCAACGCGUUCGUUAGCUUCCACUUCAUCCUCUCCUUCGCCAUCGACUACACGCCGGUGGGGCAGCAGCCCACCCCGGUGCCGACCAACGGCGUGUUCAGCCCGUUCUGGGACACGGGCAACCUGACCCCCGCCGCCGUGGCCGCCAUCAAGGCCGCGCACCCGAACGUCGCCGUCAUGGCGGGGCUCGGCGGCGACAGCGUGCAGGAGAUCGUCAAGGUCUUCUUCACCCCGACCUCCGUCGACUCGUGGGUGGCCAACGCCGUGGCGUCGCUCACGGGCAUCAUCAACACGUACGGGCUGGACGGCGUGGACGUGGACUACGAGCGCUUCGCCGACGGCGUCGACGUGGACACGUUCGUCGAGUGCAUCGGCCGCCUCCUGACGCAGCUCAAGCAGAGGAUGCCCAACAUCGCCACCUCCAUCGCGCCGUUCGAGGACCCGGUGGUCCAGAAGUACUACCAGCCGCUGUGGCGCAAGUACUCCAGCGUCAUCGACUACGUUAACUUCCAGUUCUACGGCUACGGCGCCAACACCGACGUGCCCACGUACGUCAUGUUCUACGACAACCAGUCGGUGAACUACCCCGGCGGCAAGGUCCUCGCCAGCUUCAAGACCGGCGACGUCACCGGACUGCUCUCGCCGGACCAGGGCAUCAGUGGGGCCAAGGAGCUGCAGCGGCAGAACAAGCUGCCAGGGCUGUUCAUCUGGUCAGCGGACAGCUCCAAGAAGAGCAGCUACGGUUUCAAGUACGAGACCGAAGCGCAGCAGAUCAUUGCCAACCACUGA